AUGCUGUUAGAAGUCUUCGUUUUAAUACUUCAUUUGAAAACUGUAGUCAAUGGUGAACCUCAUAACAAGUUUAAAUCAGCUAAAAUCAGAAUAAGUGCAAUUAUGCGGAAAGAAUCAUCAAAACUAUGUAUUUGCCAGAUAUGCAACUGCGGUCGACAUAAAUGUCCACAUCAACGACGUAAAAGUGAGAUAACCAAACCAUGUGGAAUAUCAGAAUAUACUACAAAGUAUAUUGCUCAUAAACUUGUACCAGUUGACUCAUGUAAGCCACCACAUCGAGGUGUACAGGCAGAAGGUCCUAUGUCUUCAAACACUACACAUCGAACUGAUUUCGUAGAGCAUCCAUUAGUUCAUCAAGGCAACUGCAAACGAGAAGCUGAAUAUCAACCACCACAAGGAACAUUCAAUGGCCUUACUACUUAUACAAAAGAAUAUACUGGAAGGCCUGGUCAGUCAGCUGUACCAAUAAAACCAGUCAACAGGAAGGGUACAACAGCCAAGUUCAACGCAGAAGCCACCUAUACCACUGACUAUAGAGCAUGGAAAAUAGACAAACGUGAAUCACCUGUGUGUAGAGAAUCAAAUUGGUCGAAACCGAAUAUACCGUUUACAGGCACACCAACAUAUACAUGCGAUUAUGUUGCAUAUGACUCGAGGCCUCCAACCAGCUACAGUACAGAUUAUCGUGAUUCAUAUCGUACUCCAGAUGUGCCAGAAAGAGCACGUCCAAUCAAAAUUACAGGAGAGAUACACAGGGCUUCAGUUCCAAUGGAGCAUAUAUCAACACAUAUGCAAGAUUAUUAUUGGAAGACUGUAGUCCCAUCAACUUCAUGUAAACCUGAACACAUUGGUAUUACACAUAAUGAACCAUUCCAACAGGAUACAACACACAGAAGUGAUUAUAAAAAUUGGGAAGUGACGGAACGCAGUACACCUAUAAUGGCUAACACUCCUUCAACUUAUCCAGAACCAUUAGGACAAAUGAGCUCAGACACCACGUAUAAUAAAGAUUAUAUUCCAUUUAAAGUACAAUAUCAUAAAGCUGUUGGUAAAGCGGAUAAAUUAGGUCAUGGUAUUAAACUACCACCAUUUCAGGGUAUUUCAGACUAUACAGAUAACUAUCGUCGCUGGACAUUAGAGCCUCAUGUUAAGAGUAUGGCAAGAGAAUCAACCUAUUCUAUACCAAAUGUUAAAUUUGAGGGUAAAAGUACAACCAGUGAUCAUUAUGUGGCUCAUUUAAAUUAUCGGCCAGUUGAAUCAUGUAAACCACACAGUCAGGUUGUUACCAAUCAAACACCAUUUGAUGAUGCUACUCUAUACCGUAUGGAGUAUACACCGAAACACUUGGAACCAUGUCCAGCUGCACUACUCAACUCUGAUUUGAGCAAAUAUGUUUACGCUGAACAGAGUGAUACGGGACAUAUAUUCUAUCGUAGGGCGUCGAAUUCUUCAUUGGUCACUACUGCUCAGCCUCCGGAGAACCAUUUGAUGACUCUACCAAAUGCACCACUUACAGUGGCUAACUAA